AAUGUACUUGACAUCGGUGGCAAUUGCAGCAUGGCUACAAAAUCAGAAUCAAUUAUCUAUUUUUGCUAUAGCUGUUUCUGCAAUCGUAGCAUGGCCAUUUGCAGCCUUGUUGGGUGUUGGAAUAGCAAUAGAUAUCGUUCCUGUAAUAUUGAUAGAUUCGCACUUUUACGGAAAAUGGGUUGUUGCGCCGUUAAAUAUUGUUCUCUAUAACAUAUUUACAGAGCAUGGGCCAGAUUUAUAUGGUGUAGAACCUUGGUAUUAUUAUAUAAUAAAUGGAUUCUUAAAUUUUAACAUAGCAUUCCCAUUAGCAAUUAUAUCACUGCCAAUAUUGUUUUUCUCCAAAUUGAUAGUCUCAGCUGAUGAUACCAACCGUAAUGUUACGGCUGUGUUAUGUUUUUGUUUAGCACCUUUUUAUUUAUGGCUAACUGUUUUCAUUUUGCAACCUCACAAAGAAGAGAGAUUUCUCUUUCCCAUAUACACUUUAAUUUGUCUUUCUGCUGCCAUUUGCAUUGAUCAUUUGCAAAGAUUGAUUUCAUGGGCUAAAUAUGGACGAAAAGCUAUUCAUUAUACACAGUAUAUCCUAAAUAAAUGGUUCGUUAUUGGCCUAUUAAUGUUACACGCUAGCGGAAGUGUUUCAAGAUGUUUUGCAUUAUACAAAAAUUAUCAAGCUCCGUUACAUGUUUAUGGAGAUUUAAUGAAAGUUGCUCAUAAUUCUAGUCUUCAUCCUUUAUCAUCGUAUGUUCAAGUCAACUUGUGCGUUGGAAAAGAAUGGUAUAGGUUUCCUUCAUCUUUCUUUUUACCAGAAAAUUGGAAAUUAAUGUUUGUCAAGUCAGAAUUUAAGGGACAAUUACCUAAAUAUUUUGAAUCUGAGAAUCCUACUAGCUCCAUACCAAGUCAUAUGAAUGAUAUGAAUUUAGAAGAACCUACUAGAUACAUCAAUGUUUCAAAAUGCCACUACUUGGUUGAUCUAGAUGUACCAACCGAGAGCAAAUUAGAACCAAGAUACUCAUUACAGACGAAGCAAUGGAAAGUAUUGUACUCAGGCGAUUUUCUCUUCUCUUCUGGAUCAUCAUCACUUUUUCGGGCUCUUUAUGUCCCAUUUUUAACGAGCAAGAAAGUAAAAUACAUUAAAUAUAAUUUACUCCAAACAACUCGAUUGGCUAAAAGACGAAAAUAG